AUGACUCUUCGGCAGACUAUCGUAUCGCUCCUAUAUCUCUAUGGGGUGCAGAGAGCGAGAGUGGCAGCCUCAGCGAUCCAACGCAGCCCAGCACCCACCGCUACUCACAACAACUUCGCGUGUCGCAGUGCGAUCCACCCUAACCCCGUCAUCAUCCUCCACGGGCUCAGCUGCAACACCUACAGCUGCAUUAGCACCCUCACUGAUUUCCUGGGUGCCUCCGGCUUCUGCACCUUCUCCACCGUCUAUGGAAUCUCGUUUGUGCCCAGUCUUGGAAUCAUACCAAUCCCCUUCGGUGGCGUGGCUCCCAUAAAAAAUUCGGCACCUGAAGUAGUAGCCUUCGUCCACCAAGUCCUCGCCCUGACGGGAGCAGCCCAAGUCGACAUGGUGGGUCAUUCCGAAGGCGCCUUUAUGAGCCUCUGGGUUGCCAAAUUCUACCCUGAACUCAACCCAUACACAUCUCAAAUUGUUGCGCUGGCACCGCCCACACAUGGCACCGACUUCUCGAAUUUCUACGACAUGGCAUACAUUUUCGGUGAAACCUCGCGGAAGCUCGUCAGUGAUUUCUUCCAAACGGUACAAUGUGGAGCGUGCGAUGAUCUGGGAAUCGGAGGUCCUGCGGUAAUUGCACUCAACGCCGAUGGACCGAUCGCGCAACCUAGUAUUCAAUACACUAUUCUGGCGACUCAGGACGAUGAAUUUGUGACCCCUCCACCCGUUGCGUUUGUCGAGGAACCGGGAGUGAGAAACAUUUAUAUCCAGGACUACUGUCCCGACGACAUUACUGGCCAUCAUGCAUUGAGCUACGAUGUCAAUGUACAGCAAGUGGUGAGAAAUACGUUACUCGGCCACUUUGAUGCGCCCAUAACGUGCCUUGCUGGGCCGGGCAUGGUGGACACAGUGCUCGGGAUUGCGGAAGGGUUGGAGCACUCGGACUUGACUCUACCUGAGCAAGCAGACAAGGGUCUCAAGGAUAUUUUGGCCAGUAUGACAUGGUUUAGAUGA